UGCAGUUUGCAGAGAGCUCGGGAAGAGACCUUUUGAGCAAAAGGAUGGCAUCAGAAGGGGAAAUCAUUAACCUUCAAGGGGGGAAUCCUGGCUCAAGAAGGGACAAUCCAAUCAACAUCAACCACUAUGCAACCAAGAAGAGCGUGGCAGAGAGCAUGCUGGACGUGGCGCUGUUCAUGGCCAACGUUACACAGCUCAAAGCAGUGCUGGAGCAGGGGCCUUCAUUCCAAUAUUAUGCUACCCUGGCAGCUCUCAUCAGCAUCUCUCUCUUCUUCCAAGUGGUGAUUGGAAUUCUCCUUAUCAUCAUGGCACGGAUGAACCUGAAUGAUGUUUCAAAGCAGCUGCGCCUGAAUGUGCUCAACAACACUGCCACAGCUCUGAUCUUCAUCACAGUCAUCCUCAACAUCUUCAUCACAGCCUUUGGAGUACAGAAGACUGGGCUCUACCCUACCAGGAAUUUCAGGAGGCCUUACUGAUUCUGGAAAGCAAUGGAGUAAGGAAGCUUGCCUGGCAAUGGACAGGGAGGGAUCCCAUCUUCCAUUUUAUGCUGGCCUUGGCAGAACCCUGCCUAUCAAUGGUGACCGAAAACUCCCGGAGUUAAACUUUAAUUAUUAAGCACGUGUCAUUUUUAUACAGGCCCUGUUGCAAUGCGCGUACAGCUUUGCAAGACUGAAAACAUCCUUAGAUUUUCAAAGCUAGUAAAAAUUGUGGAGAGAUUUCAGAGAGGGCUAUGCAGAGAGCAGCACACAUGCCAUCUCGCUCUCAUUUUAGUUCUCUGCUUUUCAUAUUCAGUCUUAGCUCAUUUUCUAAAAAGGACUGAAUUCUAGGUUCAAUCAUUUAUUGUAUAAACUAAGUAUCUGUAAAUUGUCUGGCUUGUAUGCACUAAGUUUAACAUGUAAUCCCUGAACUGACACUCAAAAUGUCCCAAAUGUAGGGUGCAUUUUUUAUUAUGAGGGAAGCAAGAGGUGUGUGCAUGCUUUACAAGUAUUAUUGUUCACAUGACCUAUUGUAUGUUUUUAGAAAAAUAAAUA